CGUCCAUCGCCGGUCGACUCUUACCCGAGCUGGCGAGGUGCCCGUUGUAAGCGUCAGAAAGCAACCGGUGGACAAGCGUUGUUCCAACUACUUCGUGCGACUUCCCCACAGGCGUGAUGACAUCCCAUGGUGUUUUAUGGCCAUGUGCACUCGCGCUGUUGCAUGUCAUGUAUGCGCAGAUGCAAGCCCGACCGCCUCACAUCGUUGUCAUCAUCGCCGAUGAUUUGGGCUGGAAUGACGUCUCUUGGAACAACAAGAAGAUGCACACGCCGAACCUGGAAAAGUUGGCUCGAGAAGGGGUUAUUUUGGACCAGCACUACGUGCUUCCUACUUGUACCCCGACGAGGGCUGCACUACUUACAGGUCGCUACCCUUUCAAGCUCGGGAUUCAGGGACACGGAAUUCGCCCUCUUGAGCCGAGCGGCUUGCCGCUCGGGGUGACGACAUUGGCCGAAGAACUGAAACGUCGACAGUACAGCACCCACGCCUUCGGAAAGUGGCACUUGGGUUAUUGUGACUGGUCACUGACCCCGACUCGUCGUGGCUUCGAGACUUUCCGAGGUUUUUACGCGGGUGCACAGGAUUACUUCAACCACACGGUGUCCGGAGGCAAGACUAGCCCACAGGCAAACGGAUACGAUUACCGGGACUGCGACAACGUAGACUACUCGGCUAAGGGCAUCUACUCCACGACGCUCAUAGCAAAUCACGUUCUGGAAACGAUCGACGAUAACUUCAAACGAAAUGGCUCCAUGUUUCUCUACGUGGCCUUCCAGGCUGUGCACGCUCCAUUGCAGGCGCCAAGUGAUUACCGCGCCAUGUGCUCAAGCCACGCAAACAAGAAGCGAGUGAAGAUAUGUGAACUGUUGGCGGUCAUGGACCAUGCCGUGGGGCUCAUCGUUAAAAAGCUGAAGGAAGUGAAAAUGUGGAGGAACUCCCUUGUCGUCUUCAUGAGUGAUAAUGGCGGCCAAGUGCUCUACGGUGGUAACAACUGGCCUCUACGUGGGAACAAGAACACGCUCUAUGAAGGAGGGACAAGAGUACCGGCAUUCGUUGCGGGACCUCUGCUCAAGAGAAGCGGCUAUAGAAGCUCAAGUAUUGUGCACCUCGUCGACUGGUUCCCGACGCUUCUGAGUGUGGCUGGUGCAUUGGAGAACAGCGCUUUGGAGGAAAUCGAUGGUAUCGACCAGUGGUCAGCCAUGAGGGACGGAGCAGAGACAGGACCAAGAGCGGAGUUUAUUUACAACUUGGACUGCAAGAAGGGGAAACUUGUCGGAGCAAUAAGGGAAGGAGACCUGAAGUUAUUUCUGAGACCGUCGUCGGCAUUUAGUGGCUGGUAUCCAGAGCCCGAGGAUAAUUCUGCGAGGGUGGAAACGGUGGGAAAUGCGUCGUCCUCGGCGCUCUACAAUAUCACCGGUCUCUGCCACGCCCAACUAAAAGAUGGUUGCAAGAAAGGGACUCUGCGGGCUUGCGGUGAGGAUUACAUUCCCUACGCGAAGACAUCACACCUGGAAUAUUCUGGGUCACUGUUCGAGAAGCAAUGCAAGACGUUCAAGGAACAGAUCGCUUGCAGUAUCCAGUUCUGCAAAAACUGCCUAGACGGUUUGUCCAAAGCUGCUACCCUGCUGCCCCUAGAAGCUCUCGAGGACAACAUCGACGUCAUUUGCAUCAAUGGUUCGAAGCAGUACGUAGAGAGGCAGGUCUCGUACGAGCGAGCAUCUUUCCAGAAAUGCGUUGGCUGCUUGAACUCCGUUGGGGCAAAAAUCAAUGGCUGCUUGAAGGCUGUCCGUGAGAGCCUGCGGACGUCCGUUGCCAAGGCACCUACCAAGGAAAUCGUCCCAUACGUAUGCUGCCCGUACGGUGACUUGCUUGACUGCCUCGAUCCGGUACUGGAGCCCUGCGAAAACGACGGUGGCAAGGAGUUCAUCACCAGAAUUUUGGAGCAGGUGUUCGGGGAUUCCCUCAGUCUCGUGUGUGGUAAUAACCGAAGGGGAUCGGAGACCUGCAAAGCUCUGCCGAAGCUAACGUCACAAGACCCGAAGGACAUCGAUACGGACAGCUUCAUGGAGCUGCUAAUCGAGGCUAGCAAUGCGUUGACCCGCAAGAAUUAGCGUGUGGCUCAUUGUGUGCUGCACUCUUGUUUCUCAUUUCGGCAGCCUGACUCAUGAAAGCUCGCACGCCACACACACACACAAAAAAAAACGGACUCAUCGCCAUUCCUUGCUGCGACAUGGUGUCGUUUAAAUUGUGUAAGCGCAUGUUUGUUUAAAUAAAUAAUUAAAUACAAGCCAUUUACAAGAAAUGUAGCCUG